GGGGGGGGGGGGGGGGGGGGGGGGGGGGUAGGUUAGGGGAGGUAGUGCUGGUUUAAAGCGCCUGAUCUCAAGGGCUGUCAGAGACCUCAGCUGGGGCUUCGCGCUGCGCCCGAGGGAGGAUCCAGGGCUCCUCUCCACCCACCCUCUUCCCGCCUAGAUGAUCCCUCAGGAGACUGACGCCCCACUCCUCCUGCCUAGGAGUAGGGGUUCGUGUCCUGAUAAAAGGAUUUCUGGCGUAUCUAGUAAGGGGCCCCCAUUCCUGUCGUGGCUGUCUUGCACUGAUGCUCAUCUGGGCGACCGCAUGAGCAGCAGCUCUGAUCCCCAGUGCACAGAUCAAGGCUUUGCUACUGAAGGCUGAACAGAUGCGCAAGGCCUGGAGCCAGGGACCAACCAGUUAUUCAUGCUCCAGGAAAUUAAACCCAGAAGCCUUGCAGAUGUCCCAGCUUCUUGGGGCUCCGCGUGUCCUGAGAUAUCUAGGAACUGCCUUUGCCUGCGCCAAAGCUAUUCCAUUAAAACUACUGCUCUGCUGCCUCAUCUCUAUUGACUUUAAAUGACCAAGUGACUUACAAUUGGUGCGAAAUUGAAACAAACACCGCGGCCACUUAGUACAGCUCAACUUGACGCAGAGAAUAAGCAGGUGCGAAAACGGUAGACUGUGCCAGAUGAGGAAGACAGUGCGCCCUUGCUCCUGUCCUCCUUAACUUUAGAAAAGCAGGCUUCUCUGCCUUGGCACUACCGUUAAAACUGAGCAUUGCGCCUAGAACCCUACCCUAGUUCUUGUGCACCUAGGUCACAGAUACAUUUUGUAAACUGCUGUAGAAUGCCCUUCCCGAUAGUUUCAGAGGUCACUGCUCCUGUAUUCUACUUAGGGAGUUAGAUACCCAGUUGGUACAAUAGGAGUGUAACUCACUAGGAUGUUGUGUGCUAAGUCUGUGCUUAGUGUGCAGGAUAUACCAAGGCCAAUUCCCAGAGGGAAGGGGGGGGAGCAGUUUGUGGCCUAAGGCUUCCUCCCACAUCCCAACUAGUACACACAAAUACUCCAAAGAUAGAGCCCCCCUGGAACCAGCUUGGGGGCGGGGCAUAGGCUCUAGGCCUCUGAACUGAUUAUCCUGAUUGGCUUAUCCCUCAAUUCUCUAGAGAAUUACCUGAGGAAGCUAGAGGUUAUAGUGCACACCUGUUCCUUUGCCUUUUAGGAGCAUGAGCAAUAGUAUCUCAAGUUCAAGUAUAACAUGGGCUAUAUAGCAAGACUCUGACUCAAAAAAAAAAAAUUAGAAGUAGUGCCGGGCGGUGGUGGCGCACGCCUUUGAUCCCAGCACCCUGGAGGCAGAGGCAGGCGGAUCUCUGUGAGUUCAGUGCCAGUCUGGGCCACAGAGCAAGUUCCAGGACAGUCAGUCCUGUUACACAGAGAAACCCUGACUCCGGGGGGGGGGGGGGGGAGUUAAAAGUAGCAGCCAGGUGUGGUGGGUCAGCUCUUUAAUCCCAGUACUAGAGAGGCAGAGGCAGGUGGAUCUCUAUGAGUUCAAGGCCAGCCUGGUUUACUUAGAGUUCCAAGACAGGGCCAUAAAGAGAAAGACCCUGUGUCUGGGGGGGGGGGGGGGCUAAGAGCACUGGCUGCUCUUCCAGAAGACCCAGAUUUGAUUCCUAGCACAUGCUCAGAACCAUCCCAACUCCAGUUCCAGGGGAUCUUGAGGGCACCAAGCACGUAUGAGGUGCACACACAUUCUUGCAGGUAAAACACUCAUACGUGUAAAAUAAGUAAAUUUAAAUGAAAAAAAUUUUUUGAAAAAGAAAAAAAUAGAAGUAAGCUGGGCAUAGUGACACAGGCUUUUAAUGUCAUCACUCUGGGUUUGGAGGCCAUUGUGGUCCACAUAAUGAAUUCCAGGCCAACCAGAGAAACACACUAGACCCUAUUUAUUUUAAAGGAAAUAAGCCGUAUGAGUUACCUGAGGGAAAAUCCUAACUCUUAAGUAAGCUCUCCACUCACCUCCAUCCCUACAACAGGAGGAUCACGGGCUGCACCAAGCAUCACCAAUCAUGACAAAUGAACCUUAAGUUGGGGUCAUUUGGGUCAAGGUCGUGUGGUACCUUUGCUCUUCUGAUGGGGCACAGAGGUUUCUGCUCAGUGCUGAACUUUAUGCCAGCAGCCACUGAGUGAGACCAAGAGGGCACGUCUGCCCAGAGCCUGUUCUUUUUAGUUAGACCCUGGACUUGGGAACUCGGGCAGUUCCCAAGCCUGAAUUAUGUACUGUUGCAUCCGGGAACCAAGGAGAUGAACCCGUGUGGUGCCAGUGACGAGCAGGAUGGUGCAGGCGCAGGAGGAAUGCUGGUGCUAGGCAGAGACCGCCAAGGAAGGAUUCUCGGAGGCGCAUCCCAUCAGGGUCCAGGCCUUGGGGAAGCCACAGCUUCCUGGUGGGGCUCCUCGGAAAUGACCCCAGGGGCUCCCCCGGUGCUGCUUCUGCUGGGACUGCUGUUGCUGCCGCUGCUACCUGGAUUCCCGCCCCGAGCCACUGGCUGUCCCGCUGCCUGCCGUUGCUACAGCGCCACUGUGGAGUGCGGCGCCCUACGGUUGCGUGUUGUCCCACCGGGAAUCCCCCCAGGGACGCAGACGCUGUUUCUGCAAGACAACAGCAUCGCGCACCUGGAGCAAGGCGCCCUGGCGCCUCUCGCUGCCCUGCGACACCUCUACCUGCACAACAAUACUCUGCGGGCGCUGGAGUCGGGUGCCUUCCGUGCACAGCCGCGCCUGCUUGAACUGGCGCUCACCGGCAACCGGCUUCGGGGAUUGCGAGGCGGUGCAUUUGUGGGCUUGGUCCAGCUGCGCGUGCUUUACCUGGCUGGAAACCAGCUGGCGAAGCUGCUGGAUUUCACCUUCUUGCACCUGCCGCGACUGCAGGAGCUGCAUCUUCAAGAAAACAGCAUUGAGUUACUGGAGGACCAGGCCCUGGCUGGGCUUUCCUCCUUGGCCCUGCUGGACCUCAGCAGGAACCAACUGGGCACCAUCAGCAGAGAGGCCCUGCAGCCUCUGAGCAGCCUACAAGUCCUGCGCCUCACAGAAAACCCGUGGCGAUGUGACUGUGCCCUUCACUGGCUGGGCUCUUGGAUCAAAGAGGGGGGCCGCCGGCUGCUGAGCUCCAGAGACAAGAAGAUCACAUGUGCAGAGCCCCCACGCCUGGCGCUUCAGAGUCUACUAGAAGUAUCUGGUGGCAGCCUCAUCUGCAUUCCUCCUUCUGUGAACGUGGAGCCCCCGGAGCUCACAGCUAACCUGGGGGAGGACCUGCAGGUAGCCUGCCAGGCAUCGGGAUACCCACAGCCCCUGGUGGUCUGGAGAAAGGUGCCCCAGCCUCGCGAUGGCAAACCUCAAGCCCAAGCCCAGCUGGAAGGUGGGACAUCAGGCUUGGGUGGGCAUGCGACCCGUGACACCGGCAGCGGCAUGCUCUUCCUCACCAACAUCACACUGGCUCACGCGGGCAAGUACGAAUGCGAGGCCGCCAAUGCUGGCGGCAAAGCGCAUGUGCACUUCCAUCUCCUGGUUAACGCGUCCCGGCAGCAGUUACAGCAGCCACCCGCCCCGCAGGGCCCGGCUACACGCCCUGUGGGACACGAGCCCCCGCACGAGGCGGGCAGCAUGGCCUUCCGCGCCCUGGGCAUAGCAACGCAGACAGCGAUCGCGGCUGCCAUCGCGCUGCUGGCGCUCACUGCGCUCUUGUUGGCUGCCAUGAUCUGCCGACGCCGACGCCGGCGGAAAAAGGUGCCUGCGCCGGGGGAAGGCACACUGUUCGUCAACGACUAUUCAGACGGGCCUUGCACCUUUGCGCAGCUCGAAGAACUCCGAGAUGAACGCGGGCACGAGAUGUUCGUCAUCGACCGUUCCAAGCCCCUGUUCGCUGAGGUACCGCCUGAGGAGGCGCCGGAACAAAACCCUCCCGAAGGGCUCAUGUCUGGGCUACGCCUCCCUCCACGUGUCGCUUAUGAGAUCCAUUGCUAAGUCCGCCGCGCGUGUCAAUGACGUGGGCACCGGGGAUUGGCCGGUGCAGCCCCGCACCUGUCCAUUAGUAAAGUUGAAGCCGCGCAACA